UGCCUUGAAUUCCUGCGCAAAUACAUGCCACCCAGUGAUGCAGUCUUGCCUCUUGAGUACCUAGAGGAGAAUGCAGAACUAGCCCUGUCUGCGAGAUCUAUUUCCAAGUGGGCACAGGAUGUGCCUUGGUCAAUUUUCCUGAACUAUGUGCUUCCCUAUGCCAGUGUGGAUGAGCCUCGUGACAAUUGGAGGCCAAUGUUCUUCCAGAGGUUCCUGCCUCUUGUUCAGAACGCCUCCUCACUGUCAGAAGCAGCGCUGAUACUGAACAAGGAGAUCUGGACCAUAUGGGGCAUUACUUUCAAAUCCAACCAAACUCCAGAGAUCAUGUCUCCAUUUCAGGUUAUUAAGGCAAGACACGCUUCUUGCACAGGGCUGAGCAUAUUCUUGGUCAAUGCUCUCCGCUCUGUGGGCAUCCCUGCAAGGAUGGCAGGGACACCCGUUUGGAACACAGAGACUGGAGGGAACCAUGACUGGGUGGAGGUCUACACAGAAGCAGGCUUUUGGUCUUUCACUGGCGCGGCAGAACUCUGCGGCGGUAUCAUGCAGGGGUUCAAUCUGACAUGGUUUGUACCGGACCCGGCACAGCACUCUACAGCAGGCAGCAGGAUGCAUGCAAUCUAUGCCGUCAGCUGGGCUGAUCUUGAAGGCACUGUGCAGUAUCCCUUGAUUUGGGAUGACGACAACAAUCAUACUGUGAGUGCAUUUGAUGUCACAGAGUACUACCUUCAAGCAGCAAGCAUUGGGGAAAGUGCUAUUUUACAUUCCCAUAGAGACCUUGCAACAAGGACCAACGCAGUAUCUUGA